GCAUGCAGCAGCUGCUGCAUCACCACCAACACCGUCAGCAUCUGCACCAGCAGCACCAGCAGCACCAGCAGCACAGGAAGCUGCAGCAGCAGCACCAGCAGCAGCAGCAGCACAGAGAGCUGCAGCAGCAGCACCAGCAGCAGCAGCAGCAGUUGGUGGCGAUGCAUCAGGAGGAGCAGCCCUCUGCUCCUCCUGAUGCAUCGCCACCAACUGCUGCUGCUGCUGCUGCUGCUGCUGCUGCUGCUGUAUUACGGCAAUCACAGCCGGAUGCUGCUGCGCCUGCUGCACACGACAGCAACAGCACAGCAGCUUGUGUGGAAUCUGCUGCUGGCAGCCGACCUGAAGCAGCACCAGCAGCAGCAUCAGCAGCAGCAAGUGCUGCUGCUGCUGCUGAGGUUGCUGCUGCUUAUGGGAGCUGGUGUACUGUCUUCUGGGCCACAGCGAGGAUCCUCAAAGCCUCCUGCGCCUCAGUGCAGCAGCAGCAGCAGCUUGCACGGGAGCUGCUGCUGCCUCUGGUGGGUGGUAUUGCUGCUGCAGCAGCAGCAGAUGUAUCACAGGUUGCUGAGGGCCUCCGUCUGCUGCUGCUGCUUGAAAUGAAGGCAGCAGCAAGUGCUGCAUGCUGGAGUGAAGAUAACUGGGAAGAACGGAAGCAGCCGUUGCUGCUGCGCCAGCAACUCCUAGAUGUUGAACUGCUGCAGCAGGUGCUGCAUGCAAUCGCCAGCUACUUUAUGCAGCAUCAUAUACAGUUUAAUCAGCUGGAAGUGCUGACUGUGUUGCGGCUAUUUGUACAGCUGGAUCUGCUGCAGCAUCUAAACACAAGCGCAGUGCCCCGGGGCCCUGAAAGCAACCGGAAAGCUGAAACUGAAACUGAAACUGAAACUGCAGAUGUUUGUUCUCUUCACAUGACAACAGCAAAAACUACACAGACGAUGACUGUAUCUGCAACAGCUUUCCUAAGAUGUUCUCUCGAGCAGUAUCUGAAACUGAGUAGGCGGCAGGGUUUCGCGUUGCAGUCUAUAGAAGAUGAAUGCAAGAAUUUGUAUGAGGAUGAGGAAACAAGUGAAUCUUUAGCUGCAUUUUCUCAGGGAUUAAUACUUUCUCUAGUUUUGAAAUAUCCUGAAGAGCUGCAGAGAUUGCCCAAGAUGCUGGCGAAAGGCGUAAGAAAAGCAGCAGGAGUAAUGCAGCUUUCUCAGUGCAAGUGGACGCCAUUGCCGUAUCUAUGCGAUCGCAGUGCUUAA